UGUGAUGUGUAUGUUUGCAACGAAUAAGGUAGCCGCCACGUUUCCUGUUUGUAACCGAAAACGUCUAAAGACGAUAAAAAUAGCACUCUGGUGCACUUCUUGUUGAACAUGCUCACGUACAGGUGAAAGGUUUUAACAGACAAGGCUUUAUCGGACAUUUGACCCUAAAAAAUCAGGAUGUCAGGUUGCACAACUGCAUAUGUGGCUAUUGGUCUGAUAUCUAUUGCACUGGUGAUAUCUGUGUGUUUAAAUGUUGCAUUCUAUUUAUUAAGAAGAAAGGAAAGAAACUCUGCAGCUAAUGAAAACAUGUUUGAUUAUGGAGAGGAGCCAUUACGUCGAGAUUCACUUCAGUCCUACAGGUUUGAGGAUGAUGAGAUGGAAAGACAGGAAAAUCCUAUUUAUGGGAAUAUCUGUAUAGAUGGAGGAGGAGCUUUCGAAAUGUCUCCGGAGGUGUGCUAUGAACAAAUGUCACAGGCAAGCACAUUAAAGCAGGGAUUAAAGGUCCAGCAGGGGGACGUGUCCUACGCCUCUCUGGAUCUGACUGUCAAUAAGAAGCGUAAGAAAAAGAGAAAAUACCAAAAACAGCCUCAAGCUCACCAGGCCCAGACGUAUCCACAACCCGCAUCCCAGCAGAAUUGCGUGGACGAGGAUAACGAGGCUGAGGUCACCCUCCCGUCUCGGAGCAGCAGCCUCAUGGUUUCACGUCACAGUAUCUACCUCAACAGUCAUCAAGUAGCCCUGGAGGCAGAAGAGAGGGAGAGGGAGAGAGAGAGAGAAAGAAUGAUGGAAAUGGAAAGAGAUGAUAAUGCAGAGAGGGAGUUCGACAUGCGCAGAAAUUUGCACGAAGGCUAUGAUCACUCCCUCGGUAGAUCAAGACAAAGUCUAGAACAGGACAGUUAACAUUUUGAGAGUUAAAAAAAACCUUUAGCAUCAUAAAAGAUGAAACACAGGAUACUGUGGGGUGGUGCUGUCAACAGACAUAGGUCACACGCCAAAUUAGCAUUUCUGUCUGUGCAAAAGCAUGCAAAGGAGAGCAGCUGUCUGUUCUGAGGAUGCAUCCAAUCAAGACACAUUUAAAUGAGUUUACCAUCUUAAAUGUGCUUUCUUGUUUCUUGCCUUUGAAGGCUUACACUGUUGGUCUGUUAUAUUGUUCUACAUAUAUUAAGAAUAUGUUAAAAUAUUUAAUCUGCUUGUUUCUUGCUAUCUUUUAGAUUUUGAGGACAACCAAUAAAAGUCUGUUUGUGCAAAGACUGAUUGAUGACUCAAGUAAUUUGAUGUACCUACGCACAAAAAAGGACUGUUUAACAUAUAAUAGCUGUUAUUCAUAGAGAUGUAAUGUAUUUCUUGAUUUUUGUGACUUUAUUUUUGUAUCUGACUUAUUUUUUCUUUGAAAGCUUUUAAGAAUGUCUGAAUAUGUAAAAAAUUACCAUAAAAUACCAUAACAUUUACCACAUAAUUAUUAUUAAAAAAAUAAAAAAUAAAAAGCUGAAAGCUGAAAGCUUACACUUGUUAGCUACCUUUGUAAAUAAAAAAGGAAAUAAUUUUUAAAAGUGUUUUUGCUCACUUCACGUACCGACAU